CCAAAUGGCAUGCUAUCUCACUUCACUUAGGUCUUCCUUGAGUCACUCAUCUAAUAUAAGCAGCCCUCAUUACUGUUUAUUCCCUUAUCUUGCUUUAUUUCUCCUUCCUGAACUUGCUGUUACCUAACAUCUUUCUUUCACGGUAGAAUACGAUACGUUUUAAACCUGUCUUCUUCAUUUUAGUCUUGGUGCUACCAUUCUCCUAGUUGCUCAAGCCAAUGCCUGGAAUGUAGCCUUGAUUUUUUUUCCCCUCUUCCUUUCCCACUUCCUUCACUGAAUCCUAUGUCUAAAGUAUAUCUGGAACUUUUCAUUUCUUAUACUCUGCAUUGCCACUGUCCUUAUCUUUGCUCUCAUCCUCUCUUAACUUGAGUCAGCUCCCAUUGAUUUACCCAUUCCACAUAGGAGCCAGAGAGAAAGUCUUUUAAAAAAUGUCAUCAAAUUAUGUUACUCCUUGCUUAAAAUCCUGCAAUGUGUUCCCAUUGUACUUUAUUCUUUGCCUUACAAGGCCCUUUCAUCAAUUCAGUAACACUCCAUGCCAUUUAUCCCUUGUUCAAGAAAUUCCUGAUACAAAUCACUUUUUCUCUUUGACUCAUUUGUGCUUUCUGUCCCCUUGUAUGGAAUUCCCCCCCUUCCUAUUUUUUUUGAAUAAUUCAUUCCUUCUCAUUCUUAAGGACUCAGCUGAAGUGUGACCUACUUAGAAAGACCUACCACUGCAUUAAAACAGUUUUUUUCAAUCUCCUUUAUUUUCUAUCUCAUGACUCUAUUUGCUUUCUUAAUAUUUCACAUUUGCUUGAAAGACACCUUUAAGAAAAUGAAAUGGUAAGUCACAGACUAGGAGAAAACAUUUGAAAUACAUAUAUUUGACAAUGGGCUUAUAUCUAGAAUAAAUAACUUAUAAGUUCAUAAUACAAAGAAAACCCAAUCAGGCAAAGGAUGGAAACUAAUGCCUCACAAAGGAAGAUAUGUAAAUUGCCAACAGGUACAUGCAAAUGUGCUCACAUCAUUAACUAUUUGAGGAGUUAAAACUACAACAAUACACUAUUUCACAUUGACCAAGAUGGCAAAUUGACCCAUGUGUAGCUACUGGAGCUCUCUGACUCUACUGGUGGGAAUGCAAAAUAGUACAUACAGUUUGGGAAACAGGUGGGAGAUACCUGUUAGGUUAAACAUGCAGGUAGGACCUACACAACCUGGGGGAAGCAGUUAACACUCAUACACAUUUUCCAAAACUCAGUGAAUCAUACACUUAAAAUCUGUGCAUUUAUUGAAUCUAAACUUUACUGCUAUAAAAGCAAAAUGAAAAAAAAAAAGUUCCCAUGGAUCCUCCUCCGUCCCUCUGGGCGAGCGAGCGCUUGCAGGUUGGCUAACGUCAGGAAAACGCGGUCAGGGAGGCGGGGACCUGGGGCAGCCCAGCUUCCGCGAGCCGCCAAGCCCUGGCCCGUUCACCACUGGUUGUGGUUUCGGUUUCCAUUUCCCUUCUGCAGUUUAGGUUCCCCGGCGGCUCCGCCUCUCCCCUGGGCCAGUACACCCUCUCAGAAAAUCCCACCUGGCCGGCCGCUGGGCUUUAAAGGGAGUGGGGCACCGGUGAGGUAGGACCUCGCGGGGAGCUGAGCCACCGGGAUGACGGCGGAGGAGAGGAGGAAUCUGCGCGCCUUCCAGGACUAUGUCAUCAAGAUUCUGGACCCUACCUAUAUCCUGAGCUACAUGUCGCCCUGGUUUAAGGACGAUGAGGUGCAGUAUAUUCGGGCUGAGAAAAACAAUAAGGGCACGAUGGAGGCUGCCUCACUUUUUCUUAAGUUCCUAUUGGAGCUCGAGGAAGAAGGCUGGUUCCGUGGCUUUUUGGAUGCCCUUGCUCAUGCAGGUUAUUCUGGACUUUAUGAAGCCAUUGAAAGUUGGGAUUUCCAAACCAUUGAAAGGUUGGAGGAAUAUAGGUCACUGUUAAAGCGUUUACAACCAGAAUUUAAAACUACAGUUAAUCCAAAAGAUAUCCUUCCUGAAGUAUCUAAAUGUUUAAUUAGUCAGGAAUGUGAAGAAAUUAUGCAGGUUUGUUCCAACAAGGGGCUGAUGGCAGGUGCAGAGAAAAUGGUUGAAUGCUUUCUCAGAUCGGACAAGGAAAACUGGCCCAAAACUUUGAAACUUGCUUUGGACAAAGAAGAGAGCAAGUUCAGUGAACUGUGGACUGUGGACAAAGGUGCAAAGAAUAUUGACGUGAAAGUUCUUGAGGAUGAUGAAAUGGAAACUUCUGACAUACAGAUUUUCUACAAGGAAGAAUCUGAAUGCCAGAAUCUUAGUCAGAAUUCAUGUCCAUCUUCAGAAGUCUCUCAUAUUUACACCCCAGUGAAGCCAAGAAAUUACCAACUAGAGCUUGCUUUGCCCGCUAAGGAAGGAAAAAACACAAUAAUAUGUGCUCCUACUGGUUGUGGAAAAACCUUUGUUUCACUUCUUAUAUGUGAGCAUCAUCUUAAAAAAUUUCCGCAAGGACAAAAGGGGAAGGUUGUCUUUUUUGCUGUUCAACUCCCAGUGUAUGAACAGCAGAAAUCUGUGUUCUCAAACUAUUUUGAAAGACUUGGGUACAAAGUUGCAGGUGUUUCUGGAGCAACGUCUGAGAAUGUCUCAGUGAAACAGAUUGUUGAGAACAAUGACAUCAUCAUUUUAACUCCACAGAUUCUUGUGAAUAGUCUUAAAAAUGGGACUAUUCCAUCACUCUCUGUCUUUACUUUGAUGAUAUUUGAUGAAUGUCACAAUACUGGUAAACACCAUCCUUAUAAUAUGAUCAUGUUUAAUUAUCUAGAUCAGAAACUUGGAGGAUCUUCAGACCCACUGCCUCAGGUCAUUGGGCUGACUGCCUCCGUUGGCAUUGGGGAUGCCAAAAGCACAGCAGAAGCCGUGGAAUAUAUCUGCAGACUGUGUGCUUCUCUUGACACAUCAGUGAUAGCAACAGUCAAAGACAACUUGGAGGAACUGGAAGAAGUUGUUUAUAAGCCCCAAAAGUUUUUCAGGAAAGUGGAAUCACGGACCACUGACGGAUUUAAAUGCAUCAUCUCUCAGCUGAUGAGGGAAACAGAGAGUCUGGCAAAGAGUAUUUUUGACGAAAUCGGUACCAUAACUCUCGGUAUAUCUCAAAUUCGAAAUAGGGAAUUUGGAACGCAGAAAUAUGAACAAUGGAUCGUUACUGUUCAGAAAGCAUGCACGGUGUUUCAGUUGCCUGACAAAGAUGAAGAGAGCAGGAUUUGUAAAGCACUGUUUUUGUACACUUCCCAUUUGCGGAAAUAUAAUGAUGCCCUCAUUAUCAACGAGCAUGCGCGAAUGAAAGAUGCUCUGGAUUACUUGAAAGACUUCUUCACCAACGUCCGAGCGGCAGGAUUUGAUGAGAUUGAGCAAGAUCUCACUCGGAGAUUCGAAGAAAAGCUGCAGAAACUGGAAAGCGUUUCUAUGGAUCCCAGCAAUGAGAACCCAAAACUCAAAGAUCUCUGCUUCAUCUUGCAAGAGGAGUACCACUUAAACCCAGAGAGUAGAACCAUCCUCUUUGUGAAAACCAGAGCACUUGUGGAUGCUUUGAAGAAAUGGAUUGAAGAAAAUUCUGAACUCAGCUUUCUAAAACCUGGCAUAUUGACUGGACGGGGCAAAACAAAUCAGAACACAGGGAUGACACUCCCAGCACAGAAGUGUGCAUUGGAUGCAUUCAGAACUAAUGGAGAUAAAAAGAUUCUGAUCGCCACCUCAGUUGCUGAUGAAGGCAUUGACAUUGCUGAGUGCAAUUUGGUCAUCCUGUAUGAGUAUGUGGGCAAUGUCAUCAAAAUGAUCCAAACUAGAGGCAGAGGAAGAGCGAGAGGUAGCAAGUGCUUCCUUCUGACUAGUAAUGCUGUUGUAAUUGAAAAAGAAAAAAUAAACAUAUACAAAGAAAAAAUGAUGAAUGACUCCAUUUCAAUGCUUCAGACAUGGAAUGAAGCAGUAUUUAAAGAAAAGGUUCUCCAGAUACAGAUUCAAGAAAAAGUCAUCAGGGAUAGUCAAGGAAAAGUAGAACCUGUACCUGAUAAGGAAAAUAAAAAACUGCUCUGCAGAAAGUGCAAAGCCUUUGCAUGUUACACUGUUGAUAUCAGAGUGGUGGAGGAAUGCCAUUACACUGUGGUUGGAGAUGCUUUCAGGAAGUGCUUUGUGAGUAAACUACACCCCAAACCAAAGAGCUUUGGAUAUUUUGAGAAGAGAGCAAAGAUCUUCUGUGCCAGACCAAACUGCAGCCAUGACUGGGGAAUCCAUGUGAAGUAUAAGAUAUUUGAGAUUCCAGUUAUAAAAAUAGAAAGUUUUGUGGUGGAGGAUAUUGCAACUGGAGCUCAGAAACUAUAUGCAAAGUGGAAGGACUUUCAUUUUGAGAAGAUACCAUUUGAUGCUAAGGAAAUGCCCAAAUGACCUGGGUGCCUCAUUCUUUAGCUACAGGGGAUGGAUGACCGACCCUGACUGAAGAAAUUAGCCCCAGUGGGUACAAUCAUGGAUUGCUUGUACCAUUGUGAAGGUAUUUGCCCAAGGCUUGUAUUGAACUAAAUAUCUAUCACUUAACUUUACCCUCUCUUUAUGGCUUUCUGUAGGCCAAUAAAGCUCUUAAGUACUUGGGAAAAAUUAAAAAGCCUUAACUUCUUUUCCUAUCCUUCCCCUUGCAACUGAUCCCCAAUGAAUAUCCAGUAGCCACUGGGUACACAUUAGAAUGAAUGAAUGAAUUAAAGGAAGGAAGGAAAGAAAUGUUGAAAGUUUUUUCUAUGCUUCCCUUUCUUUCCUUAACCUGCUACUGUAAACUGACUUUUGCCCUUAAUCUACUGACAUUGUUCUUGUUAAUACCAGUGCCUAAUCCAUCGGGCACUUCUUAGGCCUUCUCUCUCUUUGAUCUCUUUGCUGCUUUUGGCCCUGUUGAGUACUCUUUUCCUGGAACCCCCUCUUGGCUCCUAUUUCUGUUAGCUCUGUCCCAGUCUGUGCUGUUGAUUCCUCUAUGCUGAUCUCUUAAAUGCUGAUAAUUCUAAGGGUUCGAUAAAUAUUCAUAUACAUAGAUAUAGUAGUUACUCAUAUUUUCCAUGUACCAGUGUGUGGCAUGUAAUCUUAAAAUUCUGUAGGACAACUUUUAGUAAUAGGAGCAUGUAGAUGAUACAGUACUUCUUGAGAAAUUGAUUUGUUUUUAUAGUUUAUUGUACAUCUUGCCCUAUUUGUUUCCUUAACCCGUGCUGUUGUUCCCUUUGAAUGGUCAUCUCAAGCCAUUUUGUAAUAAUAGUUGAUGGUCAACAGUUUGGACUCUGUUCUCAGGUUCCUUGGAUGAAACUGAGGAGAUAAAUUUGGCUGUCCUAUCCACUUAAAAAAAUCAGACUAUGUAUUCAAGUGGCAUUCUUGUGUCAUUAAACAAGGUUGCUGAUGCCCUGAGA